AUGUCCCUGAUCAAUGCCACCCAUUUCCGACCUUCUUUCUACCUUAUUGGUUUCCCUGGUUUGGAGGCCAUUCAACACUGGAUCCUUAUCCCCUUCUGCCUUAUGUAUCUGGUGGCCAUCUUGGGCAACUGCUUCAUCCUGUUCAUCAUUAAGACAAACUCUCAUCUCCAUACCCCCAUGUACUACCUCCUCUCACUGUUGGCCUUCAAUGACCUUGGCCUCUCGGUGUCCACACUGCCCACCACAUUGGUCACUUUCUGGUUUGGGACCCAGGACAUCUAUUUUGGCACCUGUCAGUUCCAGAUGUUUUGUAUCCACUCCUUCUCCUUCAUGGAGUCUGCUGUACUCCUUGUUAUGUCAUUCGACCGUUUUGUGGCCAUCUGUUGCCCAUUGCGGUACUCAGUCAUUGUCACAGGCCAGAGAGUGACUUGGACUGGCCUUGCCAUCAUCCUUAGGGGUCCUGUAGCCCUGCUCCCAAUUGUUCUCCUCCUCCAAGCCUUUCCGUAUUGUGGACGUCGGACUCUCUCACACUCUUUCUGUCUGCACCAGGAUGUGAUCCGCCUAGCCUGUGCAGAUACCACCUUUAAUAAUCUGUAUGGAUUGAGCCUGGUGGUAUUCACUGUGGUUCUUGAUCUGGUCUUCAUUGCCCUGUCCUAUGCACUCAUUCUUCACGCUGUGAUGGGUCUGGCCUCCCGAGAAGAACAGCUACGAGCCUUUCAGACAUGUACCUCACAUCUCACUGCUGUAUUGGUCUUCUUUGUGCCCAUGGUGGGUCUGUCCUUAGUACACCGCUUCGGAAAGCAUGCUUCACCUGUUGUCCACCUCCUCAUGGCUAACAUCUACCUGUUUGUGCCUCCCAUGCUCAACCCCAUCAUCUACAGCAUCAAAACCAAGGAGAUUCGCCGGGCAAUUGUUAAACUUAUGGUGCGACUAAAAUAG